AUGUACCAAGCUGAGCGUCGAUCGUUACUUUCAUUGCAGGAAGAAUGUUCAUGUUUGUUGCGGGUUCAUCCGAGAGUGCCAACCGCGAUGGCGCGAUUAAUGAGUCGUGUGAUCGUGAAACGAACUAACGACAAAUCGGCACAUGCUGCAUUCAACGGCCGAACAUUCGACUCGCUCGUGUCACAUAAUGACGACAUAACGAAAGAUGCAGAAAAGAGUGAAUUUUUUGUGUCGUUAUCACAUGUUCUGUGUGAUUAUAUGGGUGCGCAAGGCAUGCCGUCCGCGUCUGAAUUGUUCAACAUCUUCGGCAAGGUAAUGGUGAAUGUUUUUACGAUAUCAGAUGAUGAUCUGAAUACGAUCGGUCUU